AUGGGUAAGUUAGUGGUGGGAAAGUGGGGGAUCCCCUUCUCCCCUUUCUUAGGGAAAGUUAUUUGGGAUCAGGGCCUCAUGUAGCCUCUCUCAUUUCCUCCUCCCUUGACUUUUUUACAGGAUUUAGCAGGUGAUACCUGCAGAAUGGAGGAUGAGUGUUACCCCUCUUCUGCUUCAGACAGACUUCUGGAGCAACAGAGGGCCUGCAGUGAGGAGGAGGACAUUUCCCAGACGUUUGGCAUGGAGAAGAUUCGCUCUUUGUUGCCACUGAUUUUCAGGAUACAGAAGACUGGACCAUGGAUGAUGACAUCUGUAGAGAGGAGAAUGGCCAGACUUAUGGAGCCACAAGGGGCCUGCGCUAAGUUAAGCCGAAAAGAAGGUUCUGCAUCAUCUUUGCAAGACGUUCUGCCAGCUGAACACUUCAGUAGCCGAAGAAGUUGCAGACACAUUGGCCCAAGGGCAUUUGGAACUUGUCUUGGACCAUUAUUUAGAAUCACCUGUAAGGAGCAUGCCCUGUUCUUCCUCUUGGGCAAGGAAAAUGAUCCCACUGCUCCUGCAGGACCGAAAGACUAUUUACUCCUGAAAGGGAAGAUAUGUACUGUAAGCCUUAACACCUGGCCAAGGGAUGCCACCAGAAGACUCCUGCAGGUCCCUCUUAGGAAGGCUUCUCCAAGGAUCAUUUACCCGGGCAAAGAGGAUGGCAGCCCAGCAAUGCUCCAGUCUCAGUUGGCAAUGUCCUUUCCCCUACUAGUAGCAGUAGUAGUAUCAUCAGGCUGGCCUUCAGAGAACCUCAGGAAGCAGCUCCCUGGUGCUGUGGCCAAGGCCCUUCUGGUGCUGGUGCACUCGCGGCGUCACUUCCGGCUUGCGAUGUCCAGACACUAUGCGUCUGCGACAUCAAGAUGGCGGCGCCCAUGUGGACAGGCACCGCCAUUUUGUACGGACUCAGUCCAUAUUAGGAUUGAGGGGCAUCAGGAAGUGACGCCCCUUUCUAACCCUAGCACGCCCUUUCCUAACCCUAACACACACUAUAGGCGCGUCUGUAACGCGCCUGUAAUUAUUAAUUUCUAAAAUGUAUCGUUGCUAGCCUUUUUUUGUUAAUUCUGUGUAUUCUUUGUUAUUUCUUUGUAUUUACUUUAUUGUAUAAUAAUAAUUAAUAAUAAUAUAUAAUGAAUUUUUCUUCUUCUAACUUGUAAAUUUAAAUAAAUAAAUCUG